AUGGCUACUCUGUCUACUCCUCUUUAUGAGCCAGCUUAUGGCUGUGGUACGUGUUCGUUCCUCCAUAUGAAUCUAAAAGCAUGCAUUUUGACCUUCUUUCGCACAGAACACCUCAAGGAUAUAUUUGAGAAAGACACAGACGCAGCCACCAGACUCGCUGAGAACUACACAAAACUGAGUGGCAAGGGACCAUGGAACUUAUCGCAAAUUCGUCUUGAUGCCUCGAAACAGAGUAGCUCUGGGCCAAAGUUCUCCCUGAAACCGCAAUACCAGUGCCUCCAUUGCUCGGUUGUCGGUGUGAAAGCUGCACGUUGUGAGCAUAGCUCGCAAACAGGACAUAUAUUUUGUAAAAUGCCACUUCAUGAGUAUACGAGGGAAAUCAACGUCUAA